AUGUCAGUAUCCCCUCCGGUCUCACCGAUCUGGCAGCCUGGAAGCUUUCACGAACGGCAAGACUCCGUCUCCCUAGAUGAGAUCAGCCAUGAGAGCCUAAAGGAUGGAAGUCACUGGUCUACCAUUGACACAAGCUAUGCUCCAUACUCGAGCAGAGCUCCCUUACAGCAUGAUCAGUCAUCAAGUUCUGCUGACCGACCCUCUUAUGCCUCGACUCCAGAUCCAAACGAGCUCAACCCACAAGCACCACACAGAUCCACCUGGAUCCGAUGCCUCAAAGACUGGAGCGUUGAACUCCUCUGCCUGCUUCUUGCAACCUCUACUCUCACCCUGACGAACACUAUUCUCUUCCUCCUCGAUAACAAACCCCUUUCCUCCUGGCGACUCUCCAUCUCCCUCAACGCCGUCAUCUCAGCUCUGGUGGUUGCCACAAAAGCAGCUCUGAUAUACACCACCGCCUGUUGCAUCGGCCAACUGAAAUGGCAGCAUUUCCAACACUCCUUGCGCAGACGCUAUCUCUAUGAUCUGAAGACCUUUGACGAGGCUAGCAAAGGACCUUUGGGUGCUUUAAAGCUUGUGUGCAGGUUACGAAACACCUCUUGGGCAGCGUGCUUAGGCGGUACCAUUGUGGCAGCCGCAGUAUUCGUGGAGGUAUUCGGACAGCAGGUUUUGAGGUUUGAGAACAGAAGAGUAGAGGUUGAGGGCGCAGUAGCCAGGUUUGCGAGUACACAGCAUCUGGCAGCACAGGAUGGAUGGUAUCUGGAUUAUACGAUGAUGAGUGAGUUGCAGAAGGUGAUGCUUACUGCUAUCUUCAGGGGUGAAGCUACACCAGGGUUUGAGUGUGAGACUGCAGAGUGUACUUGGCCUGCUUCUGCUACUCUGGGGAUCUGUUCGAGCUGUGUGGAUGUCACUGAUAUCAGUAAGGGAAGCUGCGAGGGGGAUGCAAAGAGCUUGGACUGCUUAUUCGAUGUGCCCGGCUUUGGAGAGUUGGGAGGAACAGCACAACCUGGUGGUCCCAUGCCACUUAUCAAUACUACGACGAUUGAUGGUGUAUACGAUGUCACACCAAGCUUCUACAAUUUCUCAACAUUGGUGGUUGCAAACAGCACCGACUGGACAGCAAAACUGACUGCAUGCGAAUUGAGUUGGUGUGCCUGGACCUACGCCAACGCUUCUUCUCACGGAACUGCCCUCGAUCUCGGAGCACCCCAACAGUACCCUCUAGUCUUCACAGGAACCUGGGACAAGACAAACGCAACCUCAAAUCUCGAUGACACACAAAGCAUCUGCGUCGCUACAGGCAACUACCCAGCUGCCCUCAACAACACAUUCACCAUCAGCCAAAGCAAAGAAUACUUUUUGAAGUACGCCGUAAAACUCAUCCUCAAAGCCGGAUAUCAAGGAGCAGACUUUUACACCCAACUCACCUUGGCAACCUCAUCGUUGGAUUACGCAGAUACAACAGCCAUGUCCAGUAACCUGGCAGCCUUCAUGACAAAUGCUUUACGCACACAAGAUGGAAUGCAGUCGAUUGGUAUAGCAUGGCAAUCUGUAACUUUCAUCCAAGUGCGUUGGGCAUGGUUGACUUUACCUGCUGUGCUUGUUGUUGCAGCUGGUGUGUUGCUGCGGAUGACGGUUUUGCAGAGUCAGAGGAAUAACACUGUGCUGUGGAAGACUUCGUUGUUGGCGUUUUUGUUUUGCUCUACGGACGUGUGGAGGACAGACACGAGUGGCGACGGAGAUCAUGCGAGGUCGUUGGAAGCGAUGGAAUUGGCAUCGAAGAACAUGGAAGUCAGGUUGGAGAGAGAUGACCAUGGUCGAUACCGACUUGUUCAGAUCUGA